AUGGCCGGCUCGCUACCCAAGAACCGGCCGCACUCGCACUCGAUAUCGGCCGCCAGCCUCAACCCGGCGCAUCGCGUCACCCGCAGGAAGAGCAUGAGCCAGACGCCCGUCAGCAAUGUCGCCGCUCUGGCUGCUGCGGCCAAGGGCAUAUCGGGGGCUCCGCUGGAGGCUGGCAGUAGUAGCAGCAGUAGCAACGGACCGCGCCGCUCGUCGAAGCCGGCCUCGCAGUUCCGGGGGCCGGGCAUGGCACUCAACUCAGCGGCCAUGGCCUCGAGCAUGCCAGGUAAUGGUGCGCAUACGCAGUUUGGCCCCAGUAGCUACGGCGCGGCGGCGGCCAAGAGCGAGGCCCUCACCGACGGACCCUCGCUGGCGACGAUGCUGGAGCAGGACAAGGCCGGCUCCAAGUCGCGGAAUCGUCGCGCCAGCGAGGGCUCUCGCCUGUCAAAGGCCGACGCCAGCAAGCGAAGUGGUAGCGAUCUGAGAUGUGAAAAAUGUGGGAAAGGCUACAAGCAUAGCAGCUGUCUGACCAAGCACCUUUGGGAGCACACGCCAGAGUGGCAGUACACGUCUAAGCUGCUCAUCUCAAAGCACCAGCAGGUGCAGCUGCUCGAGGCCGCCUCGGUCCUCGUCGCCAUGAACAAGGAGAGCGACGGCGAGCACAGCGACCGCUCCUCUCCCCCGGCUUCCGGCUCGUCUGACCUGCGUGAGGAGUUGAGCUCCACUGAAACUACCCCGCCCCCGCAACUCGAUGACCAUGACCAUGCCGUGGGCUCCUUCCCUCACUCGCACUUUGGCUCCCGCUCCGCCAAGCGCUACUCCACAAACAGCUCCGCAUACAGCCAGUCGUACCAGUCCACCGUCUUCUCCGACCACGGCAACAGCCACCACCACAACAACAACGGCGGCCACUUCCGUCAAUGGAGUAAUGUGUCUGACCGUCCCACCACUUCAGGCACCUCGGUUGCCGGCUCCUAUCACGACGACGGUAAUGACCAUGCUGACCUCGCUGCUGCCGUCGGCCUGCUGAGCUGCUCUUACGGCACCCCCAAGACGGGUCCUGUCGCACUGCCGCCGGACGUGCCUCCCGUGCCACCGCUGCCGGCCAAGUUCCUCGACUUCCACACGCGCUCCUUGUCUGGCAGCACCACGGUCACGGCGCAGCAGUCAAGCAUGCGCAACAGCUACCGCUACCACAGCGAGAGCAAAGAUGUCGACAUGGAUGACGACCACUUCGCCGACGAAGAGGACUACCGCUAUUCAAACUCGCGCAGCACCGGCCGCAUCGACGAGGACGACGACGAAAUCUUUGGAAGAAUGGAGGAGUAGUUCCGCGUUCCGCGCUCGACAUGCCCUUCACGACCAUUUCGAUCCCAUCUCUCUUGCCUUGAUCUUUGCCACAAAUCUCAUUCUGUACCACAACAACAAAACAUGAGCCAAUCAGCCAUGUCCAUCUCCGCAAAAGAUGCAGCCUGGACACCGAUGAGAGGGUCUUUAGCUCCCGUGCUGUCGACACCCUUGAGGUUGAAGUGCAGGUUCAACUCCGAAUUGGUUAUCUUUUUUGCGUCGAGAGCCUGGCAAUACCUCGAUUAUUCAUACAAGCCAGAGUUUUUUUUUGGUCUUGAUUUUUCAUCUCUUUCGCCGACAACUCUCUUCACAUUUCAGCCUAUUUCAAACAGAAACUCAUAUAACUUUGACAACAACAACACUUUUUCGACAGCGGGGUUUACUUGGGAUGCGCUGGCUAGCGCAGCCUGAGGGGGAGACAAGAUUCAUGUGCGUGUGCGUGUAUGUUGAGCCACCUCCGUGUAUAUUCGGCAGGACUGAGGGGUGGUGGGGGGACAUGCAUGAACAGUAGUAGUGGGGAGAAUGUUAGGAUAAGUUUGCGAGAAAGUAGAGAUUGAAUGCGCAAAACACACACAUUUCAAUCA